CGCAUGUCAUUCCAUUCUGGCAUAUUCCAUGUCCAUGUAUUACGAAUUGCAUUAACCCAAUCAAUUAACAAUUAAUUAAAUUUUGAAAAAGAAAUCCCCCAGUUUCCCCUUCGAACUUCGAUACGGCACUUCCUUCCACCACCUUCAGUUGUGUUUGCACUAGCUCACAUAAAUCGAAAACUCAGUCUUCACUAUUUCGGGCAAAACGCACGAUCUCUCCAGAUUCCAGAACCCUACUAUCUCUUCCUUCUCUUUCUCUCUCUUCCGACCGAAGCUGCUCGCGAAGAUCGACGAGCAGUUUCAAUCUUCGAUGCAGGAUGAAUUCAAUUGAGCUCGAUUUCGACGCUUGAUUCUACACAACCAUGUGGUUAUCCUUCUGGAGAUCCAGAGAUCGUUUCUCGUUAGAUCAACUCAGGUACUUAACUGAUCAAUUGACAAAGAUUCAAAUUGUUAAUGAGAUUAACAAGGAUUUUGUUAUUGAGGCACUGAGAUCGAUUGCGGAAUUGAUAACAUAUGGCGACCAGCACGAUCCUAGAUUUUUUGAACACUUCAUGGAAAAGCAAGUCAUGGGCGAGCUUGUGCGAAUACUAAAGCUGAGCAGGAUCAGUAGCGUUCCACUUCAGUUGCUGCAAACAGUGAGCAUUAUGAUCCAGAACCUUAGAAGUGAACAUGCUAUAUAUUAUAUGUUCAGUAACGAACAUAUGAACUACCUGAUAACGUAUUCGUUUGACUUUCGGAAUGAAGAACUAUUGUCAUACUACAUAUCUUUUUUAAGAGCAAUAAGUGGAAAGCUGAACAAGAACACAAUUUCUCUGCUUGUGAAGACUUGUGAUGAUGAAAUUGUCUCGUUUCCACUGUAUGUUGAGGCCAUAAGGUUUGCAUUUCAUGAGGAGAACAUGGUUCGCACUGCAGUACGAACUGUAACCCUUAAUGUUUAUCACGUUGGCGACGAUGCUGUAAAUAGAUAUAUAACCAGUGCACCUCAUGCAGAUUACUUCUCAAACUUGAUUUCAUUUUUUAGGAAGCAGAGCAUGGAUUUUAAUAAACUCGUCUCUGAUACUUUGACAAAUCCGGGACCAGAUUCAACCUCUACAAUAAUUGCAGCUGUUGAUGACAUUGAGGAUAACCUGUACUACUUCAGUGAUAUUGUCUCCGCUGGAAUACCUGAUAUUGGGACGCUAAUAACGGACAGCUUUCUGGUGGUUCUGAUAUUUCCGUUACUUUUUCCUUCCUUGAGGAUAGUUGGUGAUAAUGAAAUGCAAAGUGGUGUUGUCACUUCUCUCUACUUACUUUGUUGCAUACUGAGGAUACUCAAAAUCAAAGAUUUGGCAAAUACCAUAGCUGCUGCUCUUUUUUAUCCCUUAGAGGCCUUUACACAGAGUUCUUGGGGUAAAUUCAAUGGUCAUAUAUCUGGUGAUGGUUUCACAUCUAAAACUGAAGUGUCAGAAAAUGAUAAUCUUAACAGCUACGAUCCAAGAUGUUCGAUGGUCAAUGCUCCAUACAUACCUAGUUCUUCAGGGUUUCAUUCAGCCCAUGCUCACUCACAAAAUGAUUGUAGCAGUUCAAAUUUGUCUUUAAGGGAAGUUUUGCUAGCAUAUGUAACAAAAGGGAACGAUAUUGAAGUGUUGGGUUCUUUGGGUCUGCUUGCAACCCUGCUGCAAACUAAAGAACUUGACGAGUCAAUGCUAGAUGGACUUGGAAUUCUACCCCAACGUAAACAACACAAGAAACUCUUAUUGGAAGCUUUGGUUGGUGAGGCUUCAGGUGAAGAGCAACUUUUUUCUCCCAAAAAUAGCUUAGCUAGGGACGGAAUUGGUAGUGAGCUUGAGUAUUAUCAUGAAAAGAUCAAGGAGCAUUAUGGAGUAUCGUCUCAGGCUACUGAUGUGGGAACAAGUCCUCUUGUACGUAGAUUUCAGGUGAUUGAUGCAUUAGUUAGCCUCUUCUGUCGUUCUAAUAUAUCUGCAGAGACAUUGUGGGAUGGUGGUUGGCUUCUACGCCAGUUGCUUCCUUACAGUGAGUCAGAGUUCAACAGCAACCACCUUGAAUUGCUGAAAGUUUCAUACAAUAGUUGUGCUUCUGCUCUUAUGGAGGAGGCUAGAGGUAUUUGGUCCGACUUUCUUGUUACUGUUCUCUGUGAAGAGUGGAGAAAGUGUAAAAGAGAAAAUUUUCAAACUGUAGCAAUGGAGUCAUCAUCUCCUCGGAAAGAAUGGACUUGCAUGCUUUUGCCACCACACAAGCUCUCUUCUGAAGUUGAUGUUCCAGAUGAAUCAUCAUUUGUUGCUGGAGAAAGAAUGCUUGAGUUGGUGAAGGUAUUUGUACUGCAACAUCAACUUCAAAUAUUCGCUCUUGGUAAACCUUUACCUGAACAACCUCCAAUUCAUCUUCCUGGGGAUCUCCCUGUGAAUCAUCGUGCCAAGACUUGUGGGCUUGAUGUGUCGGGCCCAAAGCCAGGCAUUGAACUCAGCCUUGGUGAUGCUGUGCCCUGUAGAAUUGCUUUUGAAAGGGGCAAAGAACGCCAUUUUUGGUUUCUUGCAAUCUCUGUAGGAACAUCUGGGUGGCUUGUCCUUGCAGAAGAAUUGCCACUGAGGCAGACCCAUGGGGUCAUUCGGGUUGCUGCACCUUUGGCUGGUUGUAACCCCAAGAUUGAUGAUAAACAUCCGAAAUGGUUGCAUGUGCGGAUCCGGCCAUCCUCUUUGCCCUUUCUGGAUCCUGCAAAAUUCAAUGAUAAUGGGAAAUCAAAGACAAAAGCUUUGAUAGAUGGAAGAUGGACACUAGCUUUCCGGGAUGAGGAAUCUUGCAAGUCUGCUUUACUGAUGAUUGUUGAAGAGAUGGGUUUGCAGAGUGAUGAGGUUCAUAGAAGAUUAAAACCGUUGCUCAACCUUGAAAUUGCAACAGAUUCAUCAAGCUCGUCUGUAUGUGAUCCCGAUGAUUCCUCUUCGUUUAGAACACAUCCUAAUUCAUUGUAAGUUCUUUGGCUUGGUUUACCGUAGUGGGUUGUUUGGUUGAGGGGUGAGAAAUUAUUUAAGUCUCGUCACCCUUUUGUAUAUGCUCCCAAAAUAUAUAGCAGAUUUGUAGAUUAGCAAAUGUGGCUUAGUGUCAUUCUUUUUGUAUACUAGCCUUUCCCUGCCUUGAUCUUGUAAGUUUUGCCCUUGCUCCUCUCAUUUUGUAGCAGCUCUAACUUAGGUCAUCCCAUCUCUUUUUCCCUAUUUCCAUUAUGUACGCUCUGUAGCAAUUGUAAAUCUGAGGGAACCCCAUAAAGAAAGCUUUUCCUCCUUUUGUUUUCCCCCUUUU